CUUUAUUUACAUUUCGACACACCAACAUCACAAAACUUGUGUCGCUUUUCAACACAGAUAUCACACUGUUGUGACUUUUGUAAAACUACGGCUUGUGGCUGUCCAAAUCUGGGCAACAUGUCUUCUUCCAUUCUCCUGGCCCAACAUCAAAAGAGCAGGGGUUCAGCUUGUGGAACAGCUGAACGGUAGGCCGUCGUCACCAGUGGAAUGUGCCUUUCCCAGUUCCUCUUCCUGCAUCACUGCCCACUCUGCGGCAUCCCCUCCGCGUGAAGUGAAAGACUUGCUAUUCUGGAGAAGGCGGAACAAGGGCGCACCGAUGUAGGAACAUUUCUGCACACCGUCCCUUCGUUUAAGGGCUGCAGUUUCUGGUAAACGAGUGAGUCGUCAAGGCUACACAAAGCCUCUCCCGUUUCCCUGCUGGCCUUUCGUUUUUGGGCAGCUCCCCAGCGGAUGAUGUGUUUGUCCACACCCCCAGCAGACAGCAGGCCGCACAUGUUGCGCAGAUUUGCAUCGCGCACACAAGCUCCUCCACCCGUGUCGGUCCGCGCUCUGCCUCAUCCGCCAACGGUGCAACUGAAACCAUUCUGACAUACGCAACCCGACCCCGUACUCUUGAGCAAAAACAUGAAUGUUAGGUUAAUUCAAGACUCUAAAUUGGCCUUUGUUGUGAAUGUGAGUAUGAAUAGUUGUUUGUCUAGAAGUCCCCCACAAUUGGCUGGCCACCUGAAUGAGGAUCGGCGGUAUUAUAGAUGGAGGGAUAAUCUAUUUGAAUAUUGUUGCUAAAUUGGGGCAUAUAAAAACAAACAAACAAAACGGACGACAUUUAAGCCAUAUAUACCAUCCCCAUAAUUUCAAACCACCAUUUAAUGGAAUAAAACAAUGUCUAACCUUUGGUUCGACGUUCCUAAAUUUCUGUACCUUGCAAAAGUCUUGCUCGAACCCCAACAUACUUUGAAUAGAACCACAAUAUUGGUUGAGUUAAACUUGAAACACCUUUUAAACUAAUCGUUUUGCAGAUUAACCUUUUAAAAAAAAAAAAAAAAAAAAAAAGCAUCCUAUCUUUCUCUAUUAGUAAAAAAAAAACAGCAUGUCCAAAUAUGGAGCACCACCACCCACAGCAGUGCCAAUGAUGUCGAAUUAGUGUGUCUUGGCUGUGAUUGUGCAUGCUUAUGCAUGAACAGCCCAACGCUUUGACACACUCCUUCUCAGAAUCUGUGCGCCUCGGCGGCGAGGCGUGCUGGAGUGGCCGACGCGGGGAUUAACGGGAGCGAGAAACUCGUAACGCAGCGUUACAAGGACCGCGAUACCUAUGCACCUCGUUCAAGAUGAAUUUUGCGUCGCUUUUUGCUUCGCUGCUGCGUCUCCCAGAAUAGAAAGAAGUGCAGGCAGAGCACAAGCUCGGCGGCGACUUGUGAAGACAAUUACACUUGUGUGGAAAUUUUGAAGAAUUUCUCCUUUUGGACUCUCGUAGCCAUUGAGUGGCUCAUUCAUGCGCCUGGCUGUGGACAAAGCAAGGAUUAAGCAGUCCGCAUGGAUGGAUGAGGAUAUUUGGAAUUUUGUGGAAACAAGUCUAGGACAUCAGGACACAUCCAGAUGUCAACCGCUGGAUCUUCAUCGAUCUUAAGCCAAUUUGCGUGUGGCUUGUCCCCAAAGAGACGGAGGAACAUCUGGAGUCAGUUCCUUUACUGAACAAGCAGCACCAUGCACGAGUCUGGCUCCUUCAGAAGCUCCAACAGCAGCUUUCCAAGCACGAGCGCUUGGAACGUCAGCGGUGCCGGUCCUUGGUUGCUAGCCUUCCUGCUGGCCAUCAUCAUCCUCAUCACCGUGUGCGGCAACGUGUUGCUCAUCGUGCUGGUUUUUGCCCACCGCUCUUUACGGUGCACGUCCAACUGCUUCUUGGUGUCUCUCUUCCUGUCAGACCUGAUGGUGGCGCUGGUGGUCAUGCCCCCUGCUAUGCUCAACGUGCUGUGCGGGGCCUGGGUGCUGUGGCCGGCCUUUUGCCCCGUCUGGCUCUCCUUUGACGUCAUGUGCUGCAGCGCCUCCAUUCUCAACUUGUGCGUGAUCAGCCUGGACCGCUACCUUUUCAUCAUCUCGCCGUUGCGCUACAAGCAAAGGAUGACCCUGCCUCGAGCGCUGCUACUGGUCGGAGCGGCUUGGGGCUUGGCAGCGCUCGCUUCCUUUCUGCCCAUCGAAAUGAAGUGGCACAGUUUAGGCCACUUGAGCGGGCGCCCUUUGGCUCCGGGAGGUGGAAGUACCAACAUCACCUCCUACUCUGACUUGCUGUACCCGGCGUCCUACUUCCAGCUCCACGACCUUUACUUUCAGUGCCGCCUGCAGGUCACCUUGCCCUUCGCUCUGGUGGCAUCCUUCCUCACCUUCUUUUUGCCCUCCACUGCCAUCUGCUUCACCUACUGUCGAAUUCUUCUGGCAGCUCGUAGACAAGCCAAGAGGGUCGCGGCCCUGAGCCACCCACCGCACCCUCAUCCCUCUCUCGGGGAACCAUCUCAGCCUCCUUCACUCGGGGAUGAAGCUCACCAAGAUGGAGAUGACUGCAAUCAUCAGGAAGCCCCAGUAACACAACAUGUACCGCUGUUGGUGAACAGCGAGCGCCAUCUGGCUCACAGACAGGGUCGGAGGGCACUGAAGGCCAGCCUGACGCUCGGAGUUCUUCUGGGACUCUUCUUCUGCACUUGGCUACCCUUUUUCAUCACCAACAUGGCUCAGGCAGUGUGCGAGUGCGUCCCCCUGGCACUCUUCGAUGCCAUCACAUGGUUGGGCUACUGCAACAGCACCAUGAAUCCCAUCAUCUACCCGCUCUUCAUGAGGGACUUCAAGCGAGCGCUUGGUAAGCUCUUGCCCUGUUCCUCCUCACGGCUGCCGAGACAACUGUCGCCGGCGCUCUCGCUGUCCCUCCGCAACUCGGGAGAACCGAACAUCUGCAGCGAGCCCCCGUCCCCUCUGGCUUCUGACGCCGCACCCCCGCCUGCCACCGCAACCGACGCCGUGAAUUUGCUGGAUGCUGAGCAUGCUGGGAUUGAACUGCCUCUUCUUCUUCCCAAUCAGGUAGUCAUGUUGGACUGA